AUGAAUUCAGCUUAUACAUAUGGUCAUUAUGAUCAUUAUGGAUUCGUAGAACAAUCUGCUUACGAUUCAGAUGAAGCAAUCAGCUUUCCAUUGAAAACACUUCGAGGUAAUAAAUAUGAUAUGGAUGGUGGACAUGGCUUUGUACCGGAUAAUUAUGGUAAUGAUUAUGAUCAUUAUGAUCAAGAGUAUGGUGAUGAUGAUAAGGGCAGCGGUGAAGACUACAAUUAUGGUCAUGAGAAUUUAGCAGAAAAAUCAAUGAGAAAAUUAAAAGAAUUAAAACGUCGUAAAUAUAAUGAAAAUUAUAAUUAUGAUGAUGAAAAAGGAGAACAUGGUGAUCAUGAUGAGGACACAAAACAUGAAUAUGAUAAACCAUAUGGAGAAGAAGAGGAACCAACAGCAACAACACCGGCCCCGACUGAAAUGCCAAUGUCAUUCCAACUAGGAGACGAACAAGAACCAGGAUCAGGAUCAGAACCAGAUGGAGAAACAAGAUCAGGAUCAGGAGAUGAUAGAAGACCAAGGUCAGAUCAUGGACCAGAAUAA